UUCCAUGCGUUUGAUUCCACGAGGUAGGAACAUCCAGAAAUCUAUAAGCCAUUAGUGGGAUUUGAAGUGCAAAAAAUGGAGGUCGAGAGAGUGCAAGCCGUUGCUUCCUUACUAUCUCACUCCACUCAAGAUACCAUCCCUGCAGAAUUCAUUCGACCUGAGAAAGAACAGCCUGCUAUCACCACAUUCCGGGGGCCGGUCCCGGAAAUCCCAACCAUUGAUAUCAGCGAUCCAGACGAAGAAAACAUUGUCCGCUCGGUUGCCAAAGCCAGCAAGGAGUGGGGGAUAUUCCAGGUCGUGAACCAUGGCAUUCCUACUGAUGUCAUAAGCAAUUUGCAGGCAGCUGGAAGGCAUUUCUUCGAGCUCCCGCAGGAAGAAAAGGAAGUAUACGCUAAGCCCACAAGCGGAGAAGGCUUUAAAGAAGGCUACGGAACCCUGCUGCAGAAAGAUAUCGAGGGAAAGAAAUCUUGGGGGGAUCAUCUUUUUCAUAGGAUUUGGCCUCCUUCAAAACUCAACUACCAGUUCUGGCCCAAGAACCCGCCUUCUUACAGAGAGGCGAACGAAAUGUAUGCAAAAUAUGUGCGUGAGGUGGCGGACAAGCUCUUUAAGAGCCUGUCGUUAGGGUUAGGGCUUGAAGGUCAUGUAAUGAAAGAAGGUGCUGGUGGGGAGGAGAUAGCAUAUAUGAUGAAGAUUAAUUACUACCCACCAUGUCCUCGCCCUGAUCUAGCACUUGGAGUUGUUGCUCACACCGAUUUCUCGUCCAUCACCAUUCUCGUGCCGAAUGAUGUCCCUGGACUUCAAGUUCUCAAAGAUGAACGUUGGAUCGAUGCCAAGUAUAUUCCCAAUGCUCUCAUUAUUCACAUCGGUGAUCAGAUUGAGGUUUGGCUUCUUAUCAUUUCGAGCAACGAUUAGUGUACAUGAAAGAGUAAUAUUAGCAAAGUCUAUCUUACGUAAGUUUUUUGUAAAAGUGUCCUGCUAUCGGUACCGGUAAAAGUUACCGAUAGCUGGACCGAUAAGAGUAAAAAACAUUUAUCGCAUAUUUUUUAAACAUUU